UUAGCUCAGUGGUUAGAUAGACCAGAAAUGCAAGCACGUAUUUUUAAGCUUAAAGCAAAUUUUUGUGUUGUUGCAUUUGCAUAUUGUGAAAUUGCUUAGAAAAUUGGUGAUAUAAACUUACUAGUUUUCUCUUAGUUCUGCAAUGGAUUGUUGAAGCUCCUUACACAUCAUGUAGUAUCGACAUUUUCACAUUAAAUUACCACAUCCUUUUCUCAUCUGCAGUUUGGGACAAAUCCUUCAAUGGCUGACAUGGAGGAUCUGCAAGGACAAGACAUCUGCAGGGUCUGUCGCUGCGAGGGGUCUCCUGAUAGGCCGCUGUUCCAUCCUUGCAUUUGCACCGGAAGUAUUAAGUUCAUUCAUCAGGAAUGUCUGGUGCAGUGGAUGCGCUACAGUCGCAAGGAGUACUGCGAGCUGUGUGGCUACAGAUUCUCAUUCACCCCAAUCUAUUCGCCAGACAUGCCGCGCAGGUUGCCUAUCCGAGACGUGGCGGGGGGACUACUGUCAAGCAUCGCUACGGCAGUCAAGUACUGGGUGCACUACACCAUCGUCGCACUCGCGUGGCUUGGAGUAGUUCCCUUGACUGCUUGUAGAAUAUAUCGCUGUCUCUUCACUGGCUCUGUAGAUUCUGUGCUCACCCUUCCCCUGGAUAUGCUGUCGACAGAGAACAUAGCUUCAGAUAUUUUCCACGGCUGCUUCGUUGUCACAUGCACACUCUUCUCGUUCAUCGGGCUGGUGUGGCUGAGAGAGCAGAUACUACACGGUGGAGGUCCUGAUUGGUUGGAGAGAGAUGACCCACCAGCCCCCCCUGCCCCUCCUGUACCUCCCCCGCCUCUCCCAGCCGAACCCCCUCAACUACCGCAGGACAACUUGGUGUUCAUCAACGGACGGGAUGAGGUGCAGUUGGGUGAAGCGGAAGUAGGUGCUAACUGGGAGGAGAUCCCACCCCUACGCAUUGCAGAGGGUGACGGAGGGGUGGGGGGAGACGAAGGCAACUGGAACCCAAUAGAGUGGGACCGUGCAGCCGAGGAGCUCACGUGGGAGAGAUUACUGGGUUUCGACGGCUCACUGGUGUUCUUGGAACAUGUGUUCUGGGUGGUGUCUCUCAACACACUGUUCAUCUUGGUGUUUGCAUUCUGUCCUUACCAUAUGGGCCACUUUGCCGUUGCGGCUCUGGGCCUGAAGGACCAUGCAGCCGCCUCCCAUUUCGAAGGCCUGGUGACAACGUUGUGCGGCUACUGUGUGAUUGGCCUCGUUUUGGUAGUACUGCACUCUCUGGCGACCAUCUUGAACCUGACUAGAUCCCGUAGGGUGCUCGGACUCUGCUAUGUUGUCGUCAAAGUGUCACUGUUGUCUGUGGUGGAGAUAGGGGUGUUGCCCCUGAUAUGUGGAUGGUGGCUAGACAUCUGUUCUCUCGCCAUGUUUGACGCAACUCUGCGGGACAGAGAAGCCAGCUUCCGCGCAGCCCCGGGAACAUCCAUGUUCAUCCACUGGCUUGUCGGCAUGGUGUAUGUUUACUACUUUGCCUCGUUCAUCCUACUGCUGCGUGAGGUUCUACGUCCUGGCGUGUUAUGGUUCUUGCGUAACCUCAAUGAUCCUGACUUCAGUCCCAUACAGGAGAUGAUCCACUUGCCUAUAGUGCGCCAUGUGCGUCGUCUGCUGGCCUCCGCUGUGAUAUUCGGCACUGCAGUGCUGCUCAUGUUGUGGCUGCCUGUGAGACUGCUGCGCGCUGCCUGGCCUACCUUCCUACCUUACACCGUCGCAUUGCACUCGGAAGCACAGGUGAACGAGCUGUCGCUAGAGCUGCUACUGCUACAGGUGAUACUGCCAGCUCUGCUAGAGCAGUCUCACACUCGCACAUGGCUCAAGGCAGUGAUACGACAGUGGUGUCGCCUCGUCAGCUGGGUGCUUGACCUCAAGUCAUACCUACUGGGUGAUGAGACUGAGCGACCACCCCAGGUGGACAACAACAACGGAGGUGGAGAUCUGGGAGCAGCACACCAGGCGUUGCUGCAGAGAGGGGGUCCUACAGGCUUCCAACCGUACGUUCGUCCCACGCUGUUCCCCGCCAGGAUUGUCGGACUGUUGGUAAUUGUUUGCAUCUCUCUGGUGAUAGCCAGUCUGGUCGCCUUGACAGUGCCGGUGUGGCUGGGACGCAAGGUGAUGGCGCUGUGGCCGGUGGGCACCCCGGUGCAAGGGACCACCGUCAGAGUCACACCCAUUCACGAGCUGUACACCGCAAGCUGCGGAACUUACCUGUGCUGGCUGACUGCUCGCGCCAUUGCUCUACUGCUCAGUUGGCUACCACAGGGGCGACAGGCAAUUACAGAGAAGCUCUGCAAAUGGUGUGUGGUCGGAUUGAAGUCUGCCGUCGCAUUCUCCGUGUUGGUAGGAGUGAUUCCGCUACUCUUCGGUCUGUUGUUGGAGUUGGUGGUGGUGGUGCCUCUGAGAGUGCCACUGGACCAGACCCCCGUACUGUGGAUCUGGCAGGACUGGGCUUUGGGUGUCUUGUACACCAAGAUUGCGUGCGCUGUGACUAUGAUGGGUCCGGAGUGGGCUUUGCGCCGCGCUAUCGAACGAGCCUACAGGGAUGGACUACGUGCCAUGGACCUGGGUCUGGUACUGCGCGAGUUAGCUGCUCCGGUCAUCGCUUGUUUGAGUCUUGCGCUUGCUGUGCCAUACGCGGUCGCGCACACCUUUGUCCCUUUGUUUGUAACCAGCCCUCAAAUGAGGAACGUGAUCGCACGCAGAGUCUAUCCACUCUUGUUGUUGAUUUCCAUCGUCAUAGGAAUCAUAACCUUCCAGAUAAGGCAGUUUGCUAAACUCUACGAGCAUAUUAAGAAUGACAAAUACCUUGUCGGCAGAAGACUCGUAAAUUAUCAUCACAAAUCUUCAUUGCAAAAUUAAAACUUGUUUUUGUAACGUACGGACUGAUUCAGUAUAAAUGUUAAUUUACUUAAUUAGGAAAUAGUACUAGUUAGUAUAGUCCUAAUUUUGUUUAUUAUGUUCCUUAAAUAGAAAAUAAAAUUUCCCAACUUUCUCUGUAUAGUUAUUUUUAGUUUGCAUAUUAUUAGGGAGUUCUAUACGAUAGUUUACUUCCAUGCAAAUUCUGUUAUGUUGCCUUGAUCCAUGAAUUAUAACUAACUGCACAUUAGGCUACAUGUAUUAAAUGGAUCAGUAAUCAAUUGUGAUACAUGCUACAAGAACCAAGGUUUAUAGUUAUAGGACAAGUGUUUUUUUUUUUUUUUUGUUAUUUAGUAAAACUGCUAAAAAAGUUCAUCUAUGAGGAAUUUAAUUUUCCCAAAUUGCCAGACAUGAUACCUUUAAGGAGCUAUAGCCUCCUACAGUAUGUUUUUCAGGAUGAGUUUGGGUUAGGCUUAGUGAUUUUGAUUAUAAAAGUUGGUGAGGUACCAUGUAAAAAUCAAAAGUAACUUAACUGGAUUCUAAUCCUUUACUAGCUUCCUUGGUUUUUGAAUAAUAAUUUAUACGUUUAUGUAUAGCUCAACAUUAAAUACACACUUUAAGCAACAACAUUUUGUUAUGAUGAUUAAUUUUACUAUUUUUUCCAAUGUUCGCAGGCCUUUUCUAGAAAACAAAUAAAUUUUUUGAUUCCAACGUUAUUUUGGACAUUUUUAAAAUACAUUUUAUAAUUCCUUGUAGGUUUUGGUAUUCGGCAGUUUUACUAUUAAUUUAUUAGUUGUGGGAGGUUUUUUUGAUAUGGUUGAUUUCCCUGGUGAUAGGAACAUUUUAUCUUGUUUGGCAAUUUUUUAUAACUUUAUAAAUAUACUAUACUUUAUAUAUACAAUACUUUUAUAACAGUAUCUUUGAUCUUUAUAACUUUAUUGUUAAAUAUUUGAAAAUUCAACAUACUUAAUAUUUAAUGUUGUAUCGUUAAAUUAAAUUAAAAACUCUUAAAAUCAAGAAAUUUCAGGAAAGAUCAUUUAUAGCAACAAGUGUUGUGAUUCAGUCUGUUUUCGUGAUUCCAUUACUAGGUUUAUUUAACUUUUUAAGCGCUGCUUUAACUUAAUUAUAAGAUGUGUUUUAUUUUAUGAACCUAUUUAGCUCUUAUAUUUUUAAGGUAAAUUACUAUAUCCAUGCUAUGGCCAUCAAUUGAAUUUUCCUUUAGGUUUUGGGUUUCUGUUCAAAGGCUGAACAUUUUAAAUUUGUUUUAGAAAUUGUAUUACAUUGGAAGAAGUGAUAUUUUUUACUAUUCGAGGAGUCAGUUCUAACCAAAAUAGUGUUACCUAACGUAUCCGUUAUGCUGCUUCAUUCCUUUUGAGUUUUGUACAUUAGAUAUUCCUUUUGCUAUUCGUAAAAACAUUAUGUUUCUAAACUCUCAUUUGAUUUGUAAAUAUAUAAUGAAUUAGUUUUAUAUAAGUGUGCACUCGUAACCCUGUCAUGUUUAUACUUUUUCAAGUGUUAAGUGUUGAACAAUUUGUUUUGAUUUUGUGUUUUGAGAAUGGGUUUCAACUCAGGAUCAAUAAUUUAGUUUAAUAUAUUUAAACAGAAUACUUUAAAACUUAAGGUUCACUCUAAUUAUUGAUAUAACUUAUAUUAACAAAAAAAGUAUUUAAUUUUAUAUGUCGUGGACCUUACCAGUUUUAAGGUGAUCUGAUAUUGUUUGUUUUUACCUGUGUAUAAGCCGCUCUUGAUGAUUUUGUAUUGUAUUAUGAUUUUCUGUCAACGGUUAAAUUUGAAAUAAAAUAUGAGAUGUUUUCAA